AUGGCGCGGUCGAAAAUCCGUGACCUUUUCGAAGGUGUAUCAUGCGAUAAUCCAGGAAUCAGUAACGUCCUCACAACUGGCGACAUUCGAGCCCUAUCACAUUUCUUUUCAGGCAACAAAAUACUCCCGCCUGCUCGAGUCGAAGCGAUUCAAAGCCAGCUCCGCGACCUCAUCAUGAUAUCAAUUGAAGAACCAGUAGACUUUACGGACACAGAAUGGUUGCUGUUCUUCUACAAUUUACGCGCCCUGGAGGAUAAGAAGUCGAUGCGAAUGAAAAUGUGGAUUGUUGAUGCGAUAGGGGCCUUUUAUGGAGUUAACGCGUCGGCUGCUCUAGGUGUUGUGGAGGCAGCUCCAAUGGCUCGUCCUGUAUUUGAGGAAAUGAAAUGGAUCCUCCGCCAGCCACUGACUUGUUCUACGCUCAAUCCUAAAGAACGGUCCGGCCAUAGGUUGAAGUUCACAACCAGCGAAAUUACGGAGAUUGUACGACCGAAGAUCGGGAAGAUACCUGUACCAAAGGAUCAGCCUUCGAAGAAACCGGUGGAAAUGACUAAAGCUCUGCGGAGAUUGGAUGAAAGAACAGAAGGAUAUUCCUCGUUUACCAGGAUAAAGGCUGUGUUUAGGAAUGAGGAUGGCAAGAUGGGUGAUAUUGGAGACGGUUUGAAAAUCCAGACUAGGUUUGAGGAUGGAAGUCUCGGGAAGUACUUGGGCGGAAUAUUCGCCAGACGCAAAGGUUCCCAAGGUCCUUUCUACGAGCAACCCACCUUCCACGCCAACAAUGACGGUUGGGAGCCUGUGGAUUUUGUUUGGGAGGAUGGUACCACGGGGAACACCGCUGAAAUUGGAUAUGAAUGGCAUAUGGAAGCUGCGAACGAGAACCCUGGAAAAAACAACAUUGUUAGUCGAAUUCCUCAGCCACGCAAUCCCCAUAAGACAUACACCACUUUGGUUAAAGCCGAAGGAAUUCUGCCUGAACAACCUCGGAAGGUCAAACUCAUACCACCCACGUGGAUCAGACUAGGUGAUGAUGUCGAAAUGUCUGGGAUGGGCCAUUCUGGUAUUAUUCGUGAUGCUCCUGCGAUCCAAAAACUGAACAGGGUCCAUUCUCCUGAUGAUUUCUUGGUGACAAAGGAUACACCCCUUGAAGACCAGUUGGCAAUCAUAGCCCGCCAGGAAGAAGAGAUAGCCCAACUUCUUGCCGCCAAAAAUGGUCCCGAAGACCAAUCUGCCAUAAUAUCUCGUCAGCAAGCAGAGAUAGCCCAACUUAAAGCUGCUCGAGGAUUGGCAAAGAAAGUGCCAUCUUCUGAGAAGAGCUUUAGAUCUCGUCCUAUUCCUAGCAAAGAGCCGUCCCUCGUGUAUCGGACUAAAAGUUCCGAAACUGAACUGCAAAGCCCUAUGCAACCAAAGGAAAGACGAAUGCCUAGGAAGGCGCCGAGAAAGACAGCAGCGUCAAGCAAGAAAGGAUCUCACAAGCAAUUGGUUAUACUCUCGGGAAGUCCUAAUGGUUCUCAGACACGCUGGGCACCGUAUGAAAGUAAACCGCUGUCGACGCCGAAGGAGGAUGUGGAGGAGAAGCCAGUGAAGGAAACAAUCUUGCAAGCUCUUGUUCAGGAGGAGGAUAACAAAGACGUCGCAGCCCCCGAAGAGUCAACAAAACAUCACCAGUUAGGAACUGCGAAAACAAAGCCUGCUACUCAGAAAGACGCUAGGGCGUAUGUGCUGGCGACUUCACCAGAUGAAGAGAAAAUAAUCACGCCGGCAAACUUGCCACGCCAUAUCGAAGCGACUGUGAAUAACGAUAUCGUAGUUUUAGCAGGUGAGCCGCCUAUCAAAAAAAGAGGGAGAGGCAGACCGAAGAAGAUCACCACCGUCACAACCAUCAAACUCGAGGAAGGUGAAGAGGCUGACCUGUAUGGCGAUGAGUAA